CGUCAUAUCUACCAGAAAAAUGGUUCACUUCAAUGAUUACAUGCUGCCCGAUAAUUACGACAAAAAAGUUGAUUGCAAGUAUACCGAUAGUGAUCUACGCGAUCAUAUUAUCGAAAGAAAGUUAGGUGAAGGCAACUUUGGCACUGUUUUUAUCGCUCGAAUGAGAAAAGACAACAAAUUGGUUGCUAUUAAGAAAGUUCUAAGAGAUACUGGAGAAGCUUACAUCUUUCGAAAUGAGUAUCAAAAUUUCAAAAAAAUACUUCAUCCAUACCUCAUUCAGUACUCCGGAUAUUUCGAAUUGCAAAGGUACUUCAACUUUGUCCUGGAGUAUGCUCCAAAUGGUACCUUAGAAAGAAGAAUGGAUGAUCGGAUUGACUCUCAGAACACUUGGACAGAGACAGACAUCGGAAAAAUGACUGCCGAUGUACUGCUAGGCCUGGAGUACUUACAUCACCAUAGUUUUGUUCGUCGCGAUUUGAAGCCUGAUAAUAUCGUCAUCGACUCCAAUGAUCGCUUGAAACUCACAGACUUUGGGAUGGCAAAAUAUAUAGAUGUCAGUGGGUAUGCGACACUGUAUGCAUCGCAAUUCGACGCCAAAUGUUAUGCGGCUCCAGAGCUUUUGGAACGGAGAGAAUAUGAUAAAUCGGUUGAUUUUUGGCCACUCGGCGUGAUAUUGUAUGAAAUGUGCACAUUUUGGCAUCCAUUUUUGGAUAAGGAACCUGGAACGGCACUGCCACACAUACCAAAUAUUUAUUCCAACAAACUACAGUCGAUCAUAUUGGAAAUGCUCGAAGUCGAUCCGGCUUAUCGUUGUCACGAAGGAGACUUAAAAAUCGAGGACAUCAUUAAGGUUCACUAUGAUGCAGCUAUAAGGGGUUUCAAUGAUUACUGGGCUCGAAAAGUUUUGAACAAUGCAGACUCUAGCGUUGAAGAGGAAGAUUAUUAAUGAGGAUAACGAAAAUCGAUCAAAAUUUUAAACUUUCACGCCGAGUUUUACUAUCGGAUCUAUUACUUCAUUUUGAUU